ACUACAUCGGUAUAGCCUAUAUGCACGCUCACAGUGACGGUGCUGGUGCUCUAGAACCUCUCGUAAGUCAUACGCAAAGCUCGAAUUGCAGAAGCUCGUUCCAGAUUCUUGAUCGAAAUUCAAUGGGAAGAGGAAAAACAGCAAAGAAUUUUAUAGAGAAAGUAAAGAAUAGAAAUUUAGCCUAUAAUCAGAAAAAGAAGACUUUAUUUAAGAAAGCUCGUGAAUUUUCAAUACUAUGCAAUGUCCCAAUUUGCAUCAUCAUGUUUCCUUUUACAGAAACUAACAAACCAUCUCCACCACCUGAAGUUAUAUCCUUCAAACCCAACUCUAAUGAUUCUGAUCAAGCAUCGAACCCGGAUCGAGCCCGAGAAAUUAUUGACCGAUACAUGGAAGUUACUAAGGAAGUUAAAAGCAAGAAAAGAUCACUUAGUUUAAGUGACAUUUAUGAAGAUCAAGAAUUAUUGGAUGAUCAUGAUAGUAGUAGUAUAAAGUUCAAGAAUCCAGAUUUAUCGGAGUUUAAUGAUGAACAACUUCAUGAAAUGUUGGGUUCUUUGGAUGAUAAGCUUGAUUAUGUGAAGCGUAAAAUUGCAAUGUUGAAGGGUGUUGUAGUACCAACUUUUGUGGUACCUAGUAAUCAAAGUUCUGGACAAACUGAUCAAGUUAUGAUGAACGAAUUCGGCCCGUUUGAUUAUGGUUAUAGUAUGUUUGAUGAUCAAAUUAUGACACCAAUUGCAGAUUAUGGCUAUAGUAUGUUUAAUGAUCAAAUUAUGACACCAAUGACAGAUGAUUAUUAUGGUGGGUGUAGUAGUAAUUUUGUUGACUACAACUUGAAUAUGAUGAGUUCUACUCCUAUGUACUAUGAUCAAGGACAACAAAACCCAGUUUUUAGUGAUGCUAUGCCCUCACAAUACUUUCCUAUGAUGCCCGAAAUUUCGAAUUUCUAUUACUAG